AUGGCCCGGGUAACUCACACCCAAACUCCUCCAAGAAGUGCUGAGGCGGGUAAGGAAGGAAAACUUACAAAAACCACAAAAGUUUUGAGGAUGAUUCUGCAAAAAUGUUUACACCUUACCAAACAAUACUUAUCAAGAUCUACCCUUCUCAGGUCAAACAUAAAACAGACUUACUGUGAGCUAUACCAUAAAUACAGUAGUCAGUCUCCAAGAUUAUUCACAGAUAGACAUGAGUGGGUAGUUGUAGAUCAAGAUAUUGGAACUGUUGGCAUAAGUCAAUAUGCACAAGAAUCUCUAGGUGAUAUAGUGUUUGCUCAACUGCCGGAAAUGGGCUCGAAUGUAGCAGCUGGCGAUGAAUGUGGAGCUUUAGAAAGUGUCAAGGCUGCUAGCGAAAUAUAUACUCCUGUCACUGGUAUAAUUACGGAGAGAAACAAUGAAGUAGAAAAUAAGCCUGCAUUGAUAAAUACUAAUUAUUAUGACAAGGGUUGGCUUUUUAAAGUGAAGUUGACAAAACUAGAAGAACUAGAAAGUUUAAUGACUGAAGAGGCUUAUGAGAAUUACCUCAAAACUGAUGUUGUCAAAGGUUGA